AUGCCAGAUGACACAGAGGAGAAAGAUACCCCACUUUGGAGACCUGGACCACCUGAAAAACCAGUGCUGUGCAAUGCUUGUGGAUCAAGAUGGAGGAUUAAGGGGAGUCUGGACGACUAUAUCCCAAAACAUGCCAACAAAGAAACUCAAAGCUUUCUACUAGCCAAGUUACCUUCUGAUGUGAAGCCACUUGUCUUGGCUCAUGAUAACCAAAGGCUAGAAGUUGGACAAAAGGUUGCUGGAACUGAUGGCUCUUCAGCUUGUAGUGAAGAGAAAAUAGAUGACAUAUCAAGCUCAGGGUCACCAGGAUCUUUCUCAGAGAACUGCAUGCAGAUGCAAGGAACAAAUGGAGAAGCAGCCAAAGGUCCUCUCUGGAAUCCUAACAGUGUUCCGAGAAGAAAGAGAUCAAAGCUUAAACAAUAUAUUUUGUCACCUGUCGAAAGACUUCAUAGGCAACUUUACCACAUGCUACAAGAACCAGAGUUUGCCAAUACAUCUGCAAAUGAAGAAGAGAUUCUAAUCUACCAAAAGAGCAAAAGUAUUCCUCCAGAUGAGAUUGGUAACGGAGCAAUGCUGCUCAUAUCACCAAGUACUGCUAGAGAAGACUCAAAGCCUCAAUUCACUACAGCAGAAAAUAACGGUUCUUGCUCAUCAAAUUUUCGUAAUGAGAAUUCAUCUCUGUAA